CCAGAUUCCUUUCACUUUGCCCUUACCGCGGCAAGACCUUGUUGAAAACUUUUGACCUCGGGCAUCAUUCCAUCUAUACAGCAACGAUGCCUUCCUCUGCACCUGUUCUCCGGCCCAACAAGACCGAGGCCGUCAGCUCCCAGAAGAAAGACGAGCCCAUCAGCUACGACAUCAACCUCCCCUACGUGGAUGUCAAGGGAGACUCUCAAGCCCACACCAAAUACCCCAAGUACCUUCCAAGCUGGGACAAGGUGUGGUUCGAUCCUCUUCCUCCCUUUGAAUAUGAAGACCCCGCACUGCGUGUUACGGACAAGUCGAAGCGCAACCUCUUGACUCCGGGCACCAAGGUGUCGGAUAUCCAGCCGCGGAUGGGCAGCAUUGUGGAAGGCGUUCAGCUCAAUCAGCUAUCCGACGCUGCGAAGGAUGAACUCGCCCUUCUCAUUGCCGAGCGCAAGGUCGUCGCAUUCCCCGACCAGGACCUGAUUGACGACGGCCCAGCUGCCCAGGAAGGGUUCCUGCGCCAUUUUGGCAAGCCCAACUACCAGCCCGUCUCGGGCUCGAUGCGCGGCCAUCCGGGGUUCCAUAUCAUCCACCGCGACGGAAACAAGGAGGAAAUCACCCGUUUCCUGGAGCAGCGCACAACCACCACGUUGUGGCACCAGGAUGUCAGCUACGAGAUCCAACCCCCGGCCUAUGUGAUGCUGGGACUGCUGGAAGGGCCCGAAGUCGGCGGCGAUACCGUGUUCUCCGCAACCGACAUGGCAUACAAGCGUCUUUCCCCGUCCCUCACCUCCUGGCUGGACACGCUGCGCGCCGUGCACUCGUCGGCCAAGAUGAUCAACCACGCGCGUCUAGCUGGCGGCCUGAUCCGUAAAGAUGCCGUCGACACCGUCCACCCGCUCGUCCGCGUGCACCCCGUCACCGGCGAGAAGUGCCUAUUCGUCAACGGCGAGUUCAUCACCAAAAUCCAGGGACUGAAGGAGCCCGAGCAGCGGUGGCUGCUCGACUUCCUCAUGCAGCAUGUUAUCAGCGGGCAUGACUUCCAGGCCCGAGUGCGAUGGCAGCCCAGGACGAUUGUGAUGUUCGACAACCGCAGCACCACCCACUCUGCCAUUGUUGAUUAUCUAGACGACGAUAACAGCGCCAAACCCCGACACAUCUUCCGUCUGUGCGCAUUGGGCGAGAAGCCCAUCCCCGUUUACGAUCAGUUCGAGUAGACUAAGCCAGUAUCCCGACCUGACCUGACCUCCGCUCACGCCACCCUUCCUCUUUUUCUCUGGUCGGUCCAAUGCUCCCCUGCCGACCACCUCUUGCUCGCGAGACGCAUGGCCGGCUGGCUGAAAACCGAAUGUGGAUGUGACUGGACACCACAACUCAUGCCUUACCGUGAGGCAUCCCGGCAGAAACGCCCGGAAGAUACUUCCCCGCCACGCUACGCUACUCCUUACCCCUCGUCUAUCGGAUCCGUGGCGAACCGAACCCCAUUCAUCUCAUCAUUCAUCUUCAUACCUUUUGGUUUUUUAUGUGUUCUGGAUUGGUUGGUUCAUACCUCGGUUCAAUUCUUAGACGGUGGAAUGUUUUUUUUCCAUCCUUCUGGCUUUGGGGGGUUUUUUUUUUCUUGUUCUUUUGUGACUUGUCACUUAUUCGAUUUUUUUUUGAUUUUUUUAUUAUAUUUUCCAG